AUGGCUUCUGAUAUGUCCUCUCUGCCCCCCGCGAGCGACCGUCGCUACUCGGACGAUUCCAUCUCCUCGGCUUCCACCACAAGUCUUGUCUUUGAGAGGAUACAAGAGAAGACAGAGAUGGACUCCGCCAAAGAUAACAACGACACUCGCGCUCUGGAUGACGAUGACCCCCUCAAGGAAGAGGACGACCUAGAGACCGGUCCUUUCCUCGGUCCUGGAGCUGUGCUACAUCGCGAACCCAUGGACAAGGGAUUGCGCCGCAUUCUCAUCAUCGUCGGUGCCCUUUUCGUUGCUGGCUGGCUUGCCGGCCUCGGUAUCUUUCUCUACACUGGUUCCUACCAUCACGAGAGCGACACCGAACACGAUCCUGAUGCUGCAACGCGAGGCUCAGGAAAAGCCGUCACAAUGGACCAGCUCUUUGACGGAACCUGGCGAGCAAAGACACACAGCAUCAGCUGGAUCGCUGGUCCUGAUGGCGAGGACGGUCUGUUGCUUGAGGUUGGAGCUAGCGAGAAGCCCUAUAUCGUUGUAGAAGAUAUUCGCGACGACAAGAAGGAUACCAGGGCACCAAUCGACAAGGACAAGGCUUCCAAGUCGCGUACAUUGAUGAAGGAUAACUUCUUUGUCUAUGAGGGAAACCAGUAUACACCUGAUUGGAACGAACCCAGCCCCGACUUGAAGAAGGUCCUGCUCGGGGUCAGCAAAAAGAAGAAUUGGCGUCACUCUUUCAGUGCCAUCUACUUCAUUCUUGACGUCGAGACACAGAAGGCCGAACCGCUCGUUCCCGGCAAGCCUGACGUGCGUAUCCAGCUUGCCUCAUGGAGCCCCAAGAGCGAUGCCGUGUCAUACACGCAAGACAACAAUCUGUACAUCAGACGUCUAGACGAUAAGAAGGAUGUUGUUCAGAUCACCAAAGAUGGUGGCCCUGAAUACUUCUAUGGCGUUCCUGACUGGGUAUACGAAGAAGAGGUCUUCAGCGGUCGUAGCGCUACAUGGUGGUCUAAAGAUGGCAAGUAUUUGGCCUUCCUUCGCACCAACGAAACCGGUGUUCCUGAAUUCCCCGUCCAGUUCUUCAUCAAGCGCCCCAGUGGUACAGACCCUGAAAAGGGCGAGGAGGCAUAUCCCGAGGUAGAGCAGAUCAAGUAUCCCAAGGCGGGCGCUCACAACCCCGUCGUGGACUUGCUGUUCUACGAUGUUGCAAAGAAGGAUGUCUUCUCUGUCGACAACGACGGUGCCUUCGCGGAUGAUGAUCGUAUCAUCAACAACCUCCUUUGGACUGGAGACAAAGCUCUCGUUAAGGAGACAAACCGUGUCAGUGAUAUUCUCAAGGUAGUCUUGAUCGAUGUCGGUUCUCGCAAGGGCAAGACUGUCAACACCAUCGACGUUGAUAAGAUUGACGGUGGCUGGUUUGAGAUCUCACACAACACAAAGUACAUCCCGGCCGAUCCUGAAAACGGUCGCGACCACGAUGGAUACGUUGACUCAUACCUGCACGAAGGCUACGAUCACCUGGCCUACUUCACUCCUCUUGACAACCCCGAGCCUAUCAUGCUCACCAAGGGUGAAUGGGAGAUUGAUGACGCUCCCUCGGCAAUUGAUCUCGCAAACAACCUGGUGUACUUCAUCGCCACCAAGGAAUCGUCAAUCCAGCGUCACGUCUAUUCCGUCAAGCUCGACGGUAGUUCUCUUGAAGCCCUGACCGAUACCAAAACAGAGGCUUACUACGGCGCCUCUUUCUCCAAGGGUGCUGGCUUUGUCCUCUUGUCCUACAGCGGGCCCAAGGUUCCUACUCAGAAAGUCAUCUCCACACCUUCGAGCGUCUUUACCUAUGAGCAUCUCAUCGAAGAUAAUGUUGAGCUUGCAGAGCGCGCUCGUAGUCAUGAGCUUCCCGUUAACAAAUAUGGCACUCUUGAUCUUGGUGAUGGCGUCAAAGUCAACUACGUAGAGCGACGCCCACCUCACUUCGACCCCAAGAAGAAAUAUCCCAUCCUCUUCCAGCAAUACUCCGGCCCAGGUUCUCAAUCUGUCACCAAGAAGUUCGGUGUAGACUUCCAGGCUUAUGUUGCCUCCGCACUUGGCUACCUGGUCGUCACCGUCGAUCCCCGAGGCACAGGCUUCCUCGGCCGCAAGCACCGCGUCGUAGUCCGGUCACAGCUCGGCGUUCUAGAGUCACAAGACCACAUCGCUGCUGCCAAAAACUUCGCAUCACGCCCUUAUGUCGAUGCCGAUCGCCUUGCUAUCUGGGGCUGGUCCUACGGCGGUUUCACCACCCUCAAGACACUUGAGCAGGACGCCGGCCGCACUUUCAGCUAUGGCAUGGCCGUUGCCCCUGUAACCGACUGGCGCUUCUACGACAGCAUCUACACAGAACGAUACAUGCGCACUCCCCAGGAGAACGCCGACGGCUACGACCUGUCCAUGAUCUCCAAUGCCACAGCUCUCGGCGGCAACAAGCGUUUCCUUCUUAUGCACGGUGUCUCCGAUGACAACGUCCACUUCCAGAACUCGCUCACACUUCUCGACGAGCUCGAUCUUGCAGGCGUUGAGAACUACGAUGUUCAUGUUUUCCCCGAUAGCGAUCACAGUAUCUACUUUCAUAACGGAAACCGCAUUGUCUACGAUAAACUUCGAAACUGGCUCAUCAAUGCCUUCAAUGGCGAGUGGCUCAAAAUUUCAGAUCCCAAGCCACACAAGGAUGGUGUCGAGAAGGAGAAGCGGCAGGUCGAUGAGGUAUCCUUGGUCUAG